AUGAUCCGCAUAAUCCAGAUUAAUCUCCAACGGAGCUCCACGGCCCAGAGCCUCCUUCAGCAGACGUCGGCCGAGAGGGGAGCCCACGUCCUCGCCGUCCCGGAACCCAACUGGCAUCCCGCCAACGACGACAGAUGGGUCCGCAGCGACGACGGCACCUGCGCAGUCGCCCUGUCUGCGGCUGCCGACUUCGUCGCGGAAACCUACAGCGCCGGUCGCGGUUACACCUGGAUACAGGGACGGGGCCUGAGAGUGUACAGCUGUUACAACUCUCGCAACGACACCGCCGAAAACUUUGCCGCCUUUCUAGACGACGUCCACUGGUCUGCCAACGAGUGCGACCGCCGGACCCACCUAGUCAUCUGCGGCGACUUCAACGCCUGGUCGCAAGAGUGGGGCUCGGCGCGCAACGACCGGAGGGGUGAUCAGCUGGCCGACCUCGCCGCCAGCCUGGGGAUGAGCGUCGAGAACACUGGCGACACGGCCACCUACCGGUGGAUCAACGCAGAGUCGAUCAUCGAUAUCACGUUCUCCCGACUCGCGGCGCCAGCAGUCAUACGAGACUGGAGCGUCCUGGAAGACGUCGAGUCCGCCAGCGAUCACAGAUACGUCGAGGUCUCGAUACUCCCGACACCGGUCGACAGCGACGAAAUCGACCGCAACCGCCCUGCGGGCUGGUCGUACCGGCAGCUGGAUCCCGUCGCCCUCGCAGCGCACCUAGCCAAUACGGCCCAACCCGUUGUCGAUGACUCCACCACCGCGACCGGAGCAGCCGAUCAGCUGAUCGACUACCUGGUGGCGGCUUGUGACUCGUGCAUGCCUCCGAGGGCCACCCCGAUAGCGGGCAGAAGAUCUGCCCACUGGUGGUCCAACGACUUGGCCACUCUCCGACGAUCCAUCGUCAAGGCGCGAAGAGCGGCCCAACGUUCCGCCCGGAGGCGCGACCCGCGAGAACAGACGGAUGUUCAUCGCGCGGCAAACACCGAAGCACGGAAAGCUCUACGCGACGCCAUCCGCGUGGCUCAGGCCAAAAGCUGGGCCGAUCUCUGCCGAUCCGUGGACCACAACCCCUGGGGCCUGCCGUACAGGGUCGUCACGAAAAAGAUCUCCCGGAAGCGGCCGGGCGUCGAAGCUCUCGGCAGAGAAGACUCCAUCGCUGAUCAACUGUUCCCGGAACCGCCGGCCACCGAUUGGGCGUCCGAGCCUCGCCUAACCUACGACGCCGCCGGUCCCGCGACACCCCAGUUCACGAUACCAGAGCUGCGCGAGGUGUGCCUUCCAAAGCCACGGGACCCGACGGCAUCCCGAACAAGGUUCUACUCCGGGUCUCAAAAAUCGCGCCUAAAGUCUUCCUCGAUGCGUUCAACCGGUGCCUCUCAGAGAGCAGGUUCCCCGAACGCUGGAAGAUCUCUAGGCUCGUCCUCCUCCGGAAGGGACCGGACAAACCCGUCCUCUCCCCGUCGAGCUUCAGGCCGUUGUGUAUGCUCAACUCCAUGGCCAAGCUCCUCGAGCGACUACUCCUCACCAGACUCAACGAGCACCUGA